AUGAGGGCUCAUACUGGAGAAAAACCAUAUUCCUGUAAAUGCUGCUCGCAGGCAUUUUCUCGAAGUUCAGAUUUAAAGAUGCAUUUGAGAGUUCAUAGUGGUGAAAAGCCAUAUUCAUGUGACAUGUGUCCAAAGUCAUAUGCUAGGGCUAAACAUUUGAAAAGGCAUUUGAUGGUUCAUACUGACUUGAAGAGGCAUUUGCGAGUCCAUAGUGGGGAAAGGCCUUUUAAGUGUGAAUAUUGUUCAAAGACAUUUUCCGACUCCACUUGCUUAAAGACUCAUUUGAAUGUCCAUACUGGUGAAAAAUCGUACUUGUGUGGCUAUUGUUCUAAGUCAUUCACUCAAUCUUCAAAUUUAAUGACACAUAUGAGGAUUCAUACUGGUGAAAAGCCCUAUUCUUGCGGAUCUUGCUCAAAGACAUUUGCUGCCAGUUCGGGCUUAAAGAGGCAUUUGCGUGUCCAUACUGGUGAAAAGCCUUAUUCUUGUGAAUCUUGUCCAAAGGCCUUUUCUGCACCUUCAGACUUAAAGAGACAUUUGCGGGUCCAUACUAAGGAAAAGCCUUAUUCGUGUGAGUUUUGUUCAACUUCAUUUACCGACUCCACAGGCUUGAAGACACAUUUGAGAUUGCAUACCGGGGAAAAGCCUUAUUCUUGUGAGUGUUGUUCAAAGGCUUUUUCCCAGGCUUCAAGCUUGACGACACAUUUGAGAUUGCAUACCGGGGAAAAGCCUUAUUCUUGUGAAUGUUGUUCAAAGGCUUUUUCCCAGGCUUCAAACUUAAAGCAACACAUGAGAGUUCACACUGGCAAAAACCAUGUGCAUGUGAAUGUUGUAUAA